AUGGGCCCAAGAACAUCUAGCUCCCACAGUAGAAAGCGUCGUGCGGGUUCUCCUCCGUCAUCAACUUCCAGGGACACGAAGACAAUCUCGAAAACUUCAAGCACCUCGGCCUACAGUCGGAAUUUUCAGCAAAAUCUAAUCGACCACGUGAUUCCAAUUCUUGAUGGUGAUAUCAGUGACCCGAAAUGUGUUGGAGGGGACUACUCAUUUAGAAAUCUUACUUCUUUAACUGAUGGAACACUGGCUGCUGCUAAACCAGAUCACUUCUAUGGUGCAUGUCCUGAGCAGCUGAACCAUCAAAUCCGUGUAGAUCUUAGCCAUCAUAUUGUCCCGGAUGAUCUCCCAAUGGCACCAAACUUCGUUUUCGAGGCAAAAGGCCCUGAUGGAUCUCUUGCUGUAGCCACACGGCAGGCAUGUUAUGAUGGCGCACUGGGUGCCCGCGGGAUGCAUGCUCUACAAUCCUACCAGCAAGGUGAACCGACCUAUGAUAACAAUGCUUACACUCUUACGUCGACUUAUCAUGGCGGUCAACUAAAGCUAUACACCACUCAUGUUAGCAAGUCAGACAAUCCAGAUAGAGCUUCAGCGUACCGAAAUGGCCGAGAUUGGGCAAAAGAAACAAGGGAUGAACUUACUAGAGUGGUGAAUACAAGGUUCUCCGAGGCUCGGUCUCCGCAUUCAUCUAUAUUCCAACACCGGACGACUUCCGAUUUAACACCCAUCCUGGAUGAUUCUGAUGGGUCAACUGAGCGUGAUGAAUAUCAAAAUGCCCAAUGGACCUUUGCGGCUCCAGUUGAAGAAGAAGAAGUGCCUCGAGGAAAUCCCAAAACGCCGAAGAUCCGUGCCAGCGAGUCCCUUGGUACGGCCGGUCAUGCGGCCAGCUAA